AUGGUUGAUACAUUUCAUGCAAGUAGCGGAGCUCUAAUACCGGUGCGGUUUGUUGUGGCCAUCAUGAUGUUUUUUGCGUGUGAUGUCAACUACAUGAUGCGAGUUAACAUUAGUGUCGGUAUCAUUGCCAUGGUCCCUCGAGAUCCAUCAAACAAAAAAACUGUUUACACGAAGCAAACUGCGCGGAUAAUUUUCAGGGAUUCCUGUUUCCAGCACUUCACUCGACUGGCCCACUGGUCACCUCCGGUGGAAAAGAGUAAGUUCGUGAGCACGCUACAAGGUGGUGCUAUUGGUAUGGCGUGCACUUGGACAUUUUCAGGUCCUAUCAUUAAAGCUUUGGGAUGGCCUUACGCAUUCUAUUUACAAGGAUUAUUCGCCUUUAUUUGGUGCCUACUUUGGUUGUAUUUGGUAUCCGACUCUCCUAAAACACAUCCUCGUAUCUCCGAAGAGGAGAAAAAGUUUAUUUUGAAUGCGAUUGGUGAUAAAGUUAUCCAUGGAAAGAAGAUUCGAACACCGUUUAAGAAGAUCUUUACAUCGUUUCCAUACUUGGCUAUGGUGGUUCUUCACUACGGUAACGACUGGGGUAUUUACUUCAUCAUGACGGCCGUUCCUAAGUUUAUAUCUAGCGUUCUUGGGUUUGACCUCUCAUCCGUUGGUGGUUUAUCGUCACUGCAGUUACACUGCGUUAUAUUUGCAGAAUGUUCUUCGCACUUGGAUUUGGCUAUGUCGGUGAUAGAACGGAUUCGCACAAUGGAGGCUAAUAUUCCUAGUCGGUACCUUGUUGUAUAUUGUAACGGCAGUGUUGUCAUAUUGUUCGGCACAGCCGAUACUCAACCUUGGAACUACCCAGAGAACAAUGAGCGUGAUGCAGAUGAUUAA